UUACGGGGAGGUGGGGGGAUGGAGAGGACGGAAGGAGCAGAGGGUAAACAAUAAGAUCUAUUCAAAGAAUAUGGCACAAAGCAGCCUAUCGAGCCCGGGCUGCUUCCAGCUCUGCAUUGUUGUAACAGCUGUCUUCCCCGAGUGGGGGAGGAGGUUGGUAUCAGGAGUGAGAGCAGCAGGGUUUACUUUUCAUCGCUGUAAGAGCCUGUUGUGGAGGAUGAAAAUACCUGCCCGUUCCUUCUCUCGACCGUCUGGCUCGUGUUGUGUGCGAGGACAGCAUGGGAGGAAAAGAGCCCAGAAUGAGAACAGCGCGGAAUUCCCCAGGAAACUGGCCCUGCAGUUGAGAAAGAUGUUCUCAAACAAUGAUGAAGCUGUGAUCAACAAAAAACUUCCAAAAGAGCUGCUGCUUCGAAUUUUCUCUUUCCUGGAUGUGGUCACUCUGUGUCGUUGUGCUCAAGUUUCCAGGGCAUGGAAUGUUCUGGCCCUGGAUGGCAGUAACUGGCAGCGAAUUGACCUGUUUGAUUUCCAGAGGGAUAUUGAGGGCCGCGUAGUUGAGAAUAUUUCUAAAAGAUGUGGGGGCUUCUUGCGGAAGUUAAGCCUGCGUGGCUGUCAAGGAGUGGGAGACAAUGCAUUAAGGACAUUUGCACAGAACUGCAGAAAUAUUGAAGUAUUGAACCUAAAUGGCUGUACCAAGAUCACAGAUGCUACAUGUACCAGCCUCAGUAAGUUCUGCUCUAAACUCAGGCACCUUGAUUUGGCUUCCUGCACUUCCAUAACCAACCUGUCUCUGAAAGCACUGAGUGAGGGAUGCCCACUGCUGGAACAGCUGAAUAUCUCCUGGUGCGACCAAGUGACUAAGGAUGGCAUCCAGGCUCUGGUGAGAGGCUGUGGUGGACUCAAAGCCCUGUUUCUGAAAGGCUGCACGCAGCUUGAGGAUGAAGCUCUGAAAUACAUCGGUGCACAUUGUCCCGAACUGGUGACUUUAAACCUUCAAACAUGCUUACAAAUAACAGAUGAUGGUCUCAUUACAAUAUGCAGAGGAUGCCACAAGUUACAAUCCUUGUGUGCUUCAGGCUGCUCUAACAUUACAGAUGCCAUCUUGAAUGCCCUGGGACAGAACUGCCCAAGGCUUAGAAUAUUAGAAGUUGCAAGGUGUUCUCAACUAACAGAUGUGGGCUUUACCACUCUAGCUAGGAACUGCCAUGAGCUUGAAAAAAUGGACCUGGAAGAAUGCGUCCAGAUAACAGACAGUACACUAAUCCAGCUUUCCAUACACUGUCCACGGCUUCAGGUUCUGAGUUUGUCCCACUGUGAGCUGAUCACGGACGAUGGGAUUCGUCACUUGGGAAACGGCGCCUGCGCACACGACCGCUUGGAGGUGAUCGAGCUGGACAACUGCCCUUUGAUCACGGAUGCCUCCCUGGAGCACCUGAAAAGCUGCCACAGCUUGGAGAGGAUAGAACUGUACGACUGUCAGCAAAUCACACGGGCAGGGAUCAAGAGACUCAGGACCCAUUUACCCAAUAUUAAAGUCCAUGCCUACUUCGCGCCUGUGACUCCACCUCCUUCGGUUGGAGGCAGCAGACAACGCUUCUGCAGAUGUUGCAUCAUCCUAUGACACUGGAAGUGGUCAUCCUUGCAAACUGAGUAUUUAAUUACACUUGUAGAAUUACGGUGGACACCAGUAUCUUCAAGGAAAGCGAUACCAGUGUCAUUUGCAAGGGCCAGUGAGCAGGGCUGUGGCGCCAGGCCCCUGUAGCCACCCAUACACAUACAUAUACACACCCCACCUGUUCCAGCAAACUGAUGAACUCGGCAGUACGGGAGCUGGAGCUGUGUUGGCUUUUUCUGUAGGUGGAUUGGUAUAAUUCUGAACCAUUCCUACUGGGCAUGCUCAGAUGAAAUCAUUGCGGUAAGGAGGGGAGGUUUUUGCGAACCCAGAAUGACUGUUGCUGCUGUUGAGGUUGGAAUAGUAACUGAAACGUGUUGAAAUGGGGAGAGGGGGAGAGGAAAGGAACAUGCUUUAACCCUGCAUCCAUUGUCCAGAAGAAAAAAAAAAAAAACGAACCUGAAAAUCCCAACAAGUUUUGUGUCCAUUUUUCAGUGAGGGAAUGAAACAGCAGCUGUUGUGAGACAUGAUUUACUCGUGCUUCUCUACUUCCCGUUCCCUGCUGACCACCCUGAGCAUGCUCACAUUGAAGGUUCACCUGUUUCUUCUGUGUUCUGUAGCAUCCAGCUCAGAGGCUUCCUAGAUUGUUGUGAUAUAGCUUGAAAUCUGUAAUGUCAGGCUCAGUUUUUUUUUACCCUCCCUACAUCCUGCUUUUUUUACAGAUUUCUAAUUCAGUAAUUUUUUGAGAUUUACCAACCAAAAGUUACGAAUCAGUAAUUGAAAUUUUAAAAAGUACUUUUUACCAUUAGAAGCCUGAGCCUGUAAUGACCUGUUAGGAAGAUUUUUAAAUGGCAAGUGAGCUGCGCUACAGGCUAGGCUCUUGUAGGCUUCUUGGCCUGUUUUUAUCAGUGGUUGGGUGUCCGAAUUUGUUUUGCAUUUCAGGUUUUAUCCCAGUGACAAGAAUAUAACUCUUGAUAGAGGGGAAAAACUUACAGUCUCUGUUCCAGUGACUGUAAGUUCCCUACUCCUCCUGUCCUGUCCCUCCGACCCUUCAUCCUGCCCCCAAGGAAAAGCAAAGUAGAAUCUUUUUGCUUGUUGCCCUGAUCGAGAAAUAAUCACUUGCUAAUGGAAGCGGGAGGAACAGCAGGCCUGAAAAUAUGCCCUCGAUUAUUGUCACGUUUUUGUACGCUGAGGUGUGAGCGCUGGGUGAUUUUGCUGACUUUUGCAUCUUCCGCAGGUAAGUGUCUUGCCCUGGAGAAGGAACCAUCUGAAUGAAAUGGGGGUUUGCUAUGUGCCAGUCCUUCCCAGCUGUCAGGGUAUGUGUUCAUAGCAGCUGGUUUUGAGGCAUUCCAGGCAAGAUUAGCCCAGGUGCUUCAGAGAAGCGUAGACAGCCCGGGCCAGCUCUGUGAACUCCCAGUUCCUUGAUGCUGGCAGUUCCAGAUGCCCAGUAUGAAACAUGUGAACAGAUGGGCAGACGCCAAGGGUUUAAUGGGGCAGAACUUGGUCAAACUCUAACAGGUUUGUGGAAGACGAGCUGACGUGUAAGUAAUUGCGCUCUUCCUGCUGUCUGCACCCUGGGAUGGAAGGGAGCACACAUGUUUAUGGAUGGUUCCCAGCUGACUGAGGCAGAGAGGAGCAGGUCUGUUUAAUCAUCCUAGCUGCCAGCAGCCAAGGAAGUGGUGCUUCACCUCUAUGCUGAAGAAUCUUGCGGUGGAGGAAUAGCAGGGUGCAGCACGAGGAGUGGCUGUUUUAGGGUCCUGGGGGCUUGGUUUUUCACUGAGGGUUUGCUUUGAGGGCAGUGUGUUGCUUCCCACCCUCUUACCGCUGUCUGAGCUAUUCAGGCAGUCAGAAGGGUCGCUUAGUACCACCGAAGCUGUAUCCCCUUCAUCUAGAACUUAAAUUUCCCCCACCCAUCUGUAUAUGCUUAACAAAGUCUUGCAGAUGCACAGUCUGCUGGGAGGAAAUCCAGUAUGCUGUGUUUAAAAGGAUACUGUCAAUUCCUUUCCUGUAGAUCGCUUUUAAUCCGUUAUAUUUAUUCAAAUCCUCUUUAGCGCUGUGGACUCUCUCCUCAACGAGCAUGUUCCUAUACUUCAUUUGCAGAACUCCUUUCUCCAGUUUUCAGGGUGGCAGAAGAUAAUGGUGCUUCCCAUGGUAACAGACUGACUCUGAACGGGUGGGUGCGCCUGGGGCAGCACCUAGCAAUCACAGUAUUUGCACAACUCUGGGAAGAACACUUUGUUUAGUUUAUACUGUGGCAGGGGAGAGCUAAAAUGGAUUUGCAAGCCAGGGUGUAGUUGGCUGACUGAUUUCUUUGUAACAGAGCAUGAGUUUUCAAGGGAAAACUCAAGAAUACAGAACCCAAAGCAUUUUUUUUUUUUUUUUUUUCCAAACAGGGUGACAGCAUUAAGGUAGCUCAAACUACUUGACAGUGUCCUUUUAAGUCAAUUAUCCGUCUUCAAAUGGACUCUUCCUUAUGUUUGUAUUUAUAAAUACCAAUAAACACCAUUUUCCAA